UUGAUGGGGAAUGACGAAUUGAAUUCAAAGGAAUUACAAAAUGAAAUCAAUCGUGAUAAUAGUUUUUCUUUUCUUCUGUUACUAUUUAAUAUACUGUGUAAGACUGAAAACUAAAAAGGUACCAAUAAUGCCGUGGAUGGGCGUUCUUAUUUAUAAACCAGAUAAUCAUUCAAUUGAAGAAGUAACGAAUAUCGUAUUAAUAGAAUAUCGCAUAGCGAUAGGAAACGCAAAAGAAAUUGGUGCCGUUGAAUGGGAUUCAUUGGAAAAACAUUCGCGUGCGAUGUUCUAUGACAGAGGGAAUCCUUGGUUCUGUCGACUCAUUGGUCGUAUUCUCCAUCCGGAGUAUGACCAGGGUUAUAUCAAUACGCUGGUUAUACUGUUCUUUGAAAACAUCAAUAAACCUUCCCGUUGGAGGCCAAUUCAGUUGAUAUAUGACUACAAGGAGGUCAGCAGAUGGAUUAAGAUUUAUAAUGUUGGAUACAAAGACAAUAAACGUCGUAUGCGGUUAGAGCAAGAUAUAUAUCCUGUAGAUUUCGUCAGUAGAACGAUGUGUGAAGAAUUUUACUUCAGUGAAGAGAUAAACUUUGAAUAUCUUUGGCCUCCGCAUACAAUGUGUUACAAAGCGAUGCACACGAGCGACAGCUGUGUGAUGAGCAGCGGCAUGGCGCUGGCUAGUAACUCCACCGAUGGAUGGAUAUUGCUUGGUUUGAGUACAACAGGGCCGGGAUGUGCAUUACCCGGUAGAUAUAUAGAAAUAUUACCAUACGUUAAAUGGAUAAAAGAUCACAUUGAAGUAAGGAAGACGACUCGUCGAGCGCAAUAUUAUCAUGAGGCUAUACACAAUGUAUUGGGUUAUAAUUCAUUUAUCGACAUGUUCUUCUCGAAACUGAAGGAUAAAUCUAUAGUUAUGGAGCCAAAGUAUGCAAACUACACUCAGAUUGUAAAAGGUUGUUAUUAUGAUGACGAUUUCAAAACAUUGAUGUAUUUAGAAGAGGAUAUCUUUAUGACACAAAGUCCAAUAGCAGUCGGAGUUUAUGCGCUACUGUUCUUCGAUAUGAGUUUCGAAUACGCGACAUGCGUGAAACUAUACACAAUGUGUGUCGCAAGAACUGACGCUAAACUAUUUUUCUAUACUCGGACACAUCACGGAGAGUUGCCUCAGUUCGUGAAAACUGUACCAUCACGACCUCUUGAUAUCGACACAAACGAUACUUACAAGAUGAUAAGAGAUCCUGUAUUUAUUAGGAAUAUAGAAACACAUCAUUUAGAAUUUAAAUUUACAUUCGACAAAAUCGCGAUGGUUAAUAUUACAUUCUUCGGUAAAUUUAACGGUUCGGAAUGGUAGUUUAUUUUGUACCAGCUGUUCUUGUGCGGCUUUAUCCGGAUAAAAUUAUAAAAAAAAUAUAAUAUUUUAUUGUUCACAUUUGUCAAGUUAUCAAUUGC